AAGACAUGUCGAGCCCGCAUACGUGGCAGAAUGUCCGGAUACGAUGCGGAGCUUUCUGCUUCAACGUCCGGAUGACGCGUGAUCGAAGGAAAGAUUUCGGACAGCGCAUCUGGGCGGGCGGACGAGCGUCAUGGACACCGGAUAUGGCUAUGGCAAGGACGAAGAGGGCGGCGACGUCUUGACCAAGAUGCGCGAAGACGAGUUCCCGCACAUGCAAGGCCACGUGUACCUCGACCACGCCGGCGCAACGAUGUUCAGCGCGCACCAGCUACGGGACCACCAGCAGCUUCUGGUCACCAACCUCUAUGGCAACCCACACAGCACAUCGGCGCCCUCUGGCAGCGCAUCGGCCGCUGCCGUCGACGAUCUUCGCGCGCACCUCGCUGCCUUCUUCAAGACGUCGCUCGAGACGUACGACAUUGUGUUCACGUCGGGCGCCACCGCCGGCCUCAAGCUCGUCGGCGAAGCCUUCCAGUUCACGAGCCAAAGCGCGUUUGUGUACAGCACUGACUCGCACAACAGCGUGCUUGGCAUCCGGGCGUUCGCCCAAGCGGCCGGCGCGGCCGUUGUCGCCCUGCCCACGACCGCCCUGGACGCGCUGGCGUCUCCUGCACUCGACGAGACCAGCGUAUUGUCUUGCAACAAGGACGACGACGACGACGACGAGCCCGUGUGGCACUUGUGCGCGUUUCCGGGCGAGUGCAACUUUAGCGGCGCCAAGCACCCGCUGCACCUCGUGUCGACAAUCCAAGCCAACGGCUUUGACGCGCUGGACUUGGCGCGAUACGCCAUUGCAGCGUCGAGCUGCCAGCCCGCACCCCGCGGUCGCUGGCUUGUCCUCUUGGACGCUGCCAAACUCGCCGCGACGGGGCCAGUCGACCUAUCGACGCACACGCCGGACUUUAUGGUGCUCUCCUUCUACAAGCUCUUUGGGUACCCCACGGGGCUUGGCGUGCUCUUCAUCAAGAGAAGCAGCCAGCACGCGCUGUCCAAGCGCUACUUUGGCGGCGGGACACUGGCCACGUCCUUGGCGUCCUCGCUACUGUCGACGCCGCGACCUGAGAUGCACCGGCAGUUUGCCGAUGGCACGCCGUCCUUUCUAAGUCUCCUCGCGUGUCGGUUUGGAUUCGCACAGCUCGAGAAAUUGGGUAUGGACGCGAUUGGUCGCCACGUCAGUGCGCUCACUGCGUACCUCGUGCGGGCGCUGACGUCGCUGCGUCACGGCAACGACCGCGCCGUGUGCGUCAUCUACGGCGACCACCACCACCGACCGGAUCUCGACCACGGGUCGAUCGUCGCGUGCAAUUUUCUUCGACAUGACGGGAGCGCUGUGGGCUACUCGGAAGUGAGCGCGCUUGCGUCGUUGCAUCAGAUUCAUCUGCGCACGGGCUGUUUUUGCAACCCUGGCGCGUGCCAAAAGCACUUGGGCUUGUCGGCCAACGCUCUCCAGACACACAUCGAGCUCGGUCACACGUGCGGCGACGCCAUGGACGUCAUUGACGGGCAGCCGACCGGCGCCGUCCGUGUCUCUGUCGGGUACAUGACCACGCAAGACGACGUCGACACGUUUCUCUCGUUCGUAUCCACGUACUUUGUCUCGGCGACAUUACCCGUCGUGCGGCAUGCGCCACCAGCGACGCCUCUCGGCGUGUACGUUGCGGCGAUCACGCUCUUCCCAAUCAAAUCGUGCGCGGGGCUCUCGGUGGCCUCGUGGCCUCUGGGGCCGCGCGGGCUCCUCUACGACCGCGAGUGGGCGAUCGUCGACCCUGUCUCGGGCAAGGCGCUUCGGCAAAAGGACACCGCGCGCCUGACGCAGAUUCGUCCAAAGAUCGACUUGGUUACGAGUGAGCUUGUGCUGCGCUGCGGCGCGCUUGCGCCACUGCGGCUGCCACUGACGUACGCGCCGUCCACACUCCAGGUCCCUCGUGCGAUUCGUCUCACCGUGUGCGCCACAGCGUGCGACGGCAGCCUGUACGACAGCCUCGUCGCAUCGUGGUGCACCAAGGCGCUCGACCGGCCGUGCACACUGGCGCGCGUUGCACCGACGGCGACGACGGCCAUUGGCUUUGCCAACGAAGCUCCGUACCUGCUGCUGUCGCGCGGCAGUGUCGCGGACAUGAAUGGCCGCAUGAAGACGCCCGUGUCGGAGGCGGUCUUCCGCGCCAACAUUGUCAUUGACGGCUGCGGCCCGUACGAAGAAGACGCGUGGAAGGGCGUGCGAGUGGGGGAGACGCGCUUCGAUGUGCUGGGGCCGUGCAGUCGCUGCAGCAUGAUCAACAUUGACCCGACGACGGGCGCCUUCUCGCCGGCGCCACUUCAAACGCUCGCGAGCUACCGCCGGGAGCGCGCCAAAAUCUUUUUUGGCCAGUUUUUGCGCCAGCAGUCGACAGCAGCGGCGAUCCUUACUGUCGGCGACCCCGUCGUUGGCGAGCGGUGACAUCCAAGGGCAGCGAGGACGAGUGCGGCAGAGCAAGGAGGACGACGCGCAACGCAGCCAAGGACAACUGCGUCGUGCCGACUUGUACGGUAUUUACACUCUGCUCUUUAACUCUUCUGUACUGUACACUACUGCGCCUAUGGUCUCGCCUUUGCUUCU